UAAAUAGCACAUUUUGUUUGGAAAAUUAUAAAAAUCAAGCAUUUUGGAAAGUAUCUAAGUAUAUAGCAAACUUAUUGCUACACCUACCUCGGUAUCGAAAUCAAACCUUUGAACAUGGGCUUUGAUCUAAACAACAUUGUGGGUAAUGUGGAUGAGGAGCUUAUCUGUCCGAUUUGUACGGACGUUCUAGAGGAACCGGUCCAAUCGUCGGAGUGUGAACAUGCCUAUUGUCGAGCUUGCAUCGAUAAGUGGAUGUUGCAAAAACAGAUUUGCCCGGUAGACCGAUCCGUCCUUCUGUACACCCACCUGGUGCCCGUUUCGCGUCUUAUGCGAAACAUGCUUGCAAGACUAAAGAUCAAAUGCUCCUUCUCUCAAAACGGCUGUGCCCAAUUGCUGGCCCUUGAGGACUUCCGGACCCACGUAGCAACCUGUGAACAUAAUCCCAAGGUGGUCGUCCAGUGCAACAAGGGAUGCGGUAUGAAGGUUCCGAAAGAUGAAAUGGUGAACCACAACUGUGUCUUCGAGCUGCGCGAAUUGGUCGAGAAACUGGUUAAGGAGGUUUCCGAUCUCAAGGAGAAACAAGUCAGUCAGGAGACCAAUAACCUGAGUCAGCGUCGAGAAUUGGAGCUUUUACAGUACUAUAUCGAAGCGCUUCGAUCGACAAAUCCGGUGUUGCGCAACAUUGGUGAGCGGCUAGACCGCUUCUCUCUAAUGCAAUGGGGCAAUGGUCUGUCCAUAGCCUCUGUUCAUACUUGGGGCAGCUUGAUCUCCACACCGGACACUCCCAUGCAUCUGAUGGUACGCGACGUCCUACGAUCCAGUGGCUGUCCGAUGUACAUGCUCAACAUGAUGGUGGACCGCUGCCACGAGGACCGUUGGCCCGAGGGCCUGAAGACUCUGGAAGUCCGCCGGGAAAAUCAACAUCAAAUGAGUCAGUAUGUAACACGUCUAGUGCCGCCUCUGGCCACUGGUAAACCGUGUGUGGUUGUGCUAGCCGGCGAUAAUACACACAUGCCAGAGAAUCUUCGGCCUACACUAGGACUGGUCAUGAUCUUCGUAGACGGCGUUGAUGAGAUGGGGCCACUGGUUAUCUAAGUCAAACCCAUAUCUUCCUCAUCUAAAUUCAUUUUUGGAAAUACGACACACUGGCUAUUCGUUUCCCACCGAUUUGUUUUGGAAACGUAGCCUUUAACGCCCUUAAUGUCUAAAAUUACACGAUCAACACGAGUUAGUCGUACGUACGGAUUAAAGUCAGAUAACAUUGCUUUGUGUAAUUUCGAAUAAAAUGAUAUGCUAUGGUAAAAUUUAAA